AUGUCUUCCCCCGAUCAGUUCCAGAGCUUCCAGUCGCCCAGCGCCGACAACUGGCUCGAGUUCGAGAAGAACUCGUGGCAGCCCCGUCCCUUCGGCGAGAAGGACAUCGACAUCAAGAUCGACUGCUGCGGUGUCUGCGCCAGCGACAAGCACACCAUCAGCGGCGACUGGGGAGGCUGCCCCUACCCUCUGGCCGUCGGGCACGAGGUCGUCGGCAAGGUCGUCCGCGUCGGCUCCAAGGUCACCACCGCCAAGGUUGGUGACCGUGUUGGCGCUGGUGCUCAGGUUUAUUCGUGCAUGGAGUGCCGCCAGUGCAAGAACGACAACGAGACCUACUGCAAGCACCAGAUUGACGCCUAUGGCGCUCCCUACCUCGACACCGGCUUCACCACCCAGGGUGGUUACUCCUCUCACACCCGAGUCGAUGAGUACUGGGUCUACCCCAUUCCCGAGGCUCUCCCCAGCACCCAGGCCGCUCCCAUGCUGUGCGCCGGUAUCACCGUCUACAGCCCCCUGAAGCGACUCGGCGCCGGCCCUGGCAAGAAGGUCGGCAUCGUCGGCAUCGGUGGUCUUGGCCACUACGGUCUCCUCUUCGCAAAGGCUCUCGGUGCUGAGGUCUGGGCCAUCUCCCGCUCGCGUGCCAAGGAGGCCGACGCCAAGAAGAUGGGCGCCGACGGCUUCCUGGCCACUGGCGAGAAGAACUGGACCGAGGGCCACAAGAUGACCUUCGACAUCAUCAUCAACACCGCCACCUCGUUCGACGGCUUCGCCCUGAGCGAGUACCUCAGCCUGCUCGACAUCCACGGCCACUGGAACUCGGUCGGUCUGCCCGGUGGCGAGGGCCUCACCGUCCGCAACCAGGACUUCCUCGCCAACGGCUGCUACAUCGGCAGCUCCCACUUGGGUAGCCGACGUGAGAUGCUCGAGAUGCUGCAGCUUGCAGCCGACCAGGGCAUCAAGUCGUGGGUUGAGGAGAUUCCCAUCUCCAAGGAGGGUCUCCAGAAGGCCAUGCACAACCUCGAGACCAGCUCAGUGCGAUACCGAUCGUGCAUGGUCGGCUACGAGGAGGCCUUUGGUGCUUAA